GAAUAAAAUCAUAUGUAUAUGUAAAAAAUCUAAAUAUUUGAAAAAUAAUUUCAAAUUAAGUAAUUUCCUAUAAUUUACUGAGCUCUAAAUUGAAUAUGAGGACUAUCAUCGCUCCAGAGGUUGAUAUGCUAGCUGUUUCUGCAAGUUCAAGAAAUUCCAGAAGAUCGAUGUUGAAUUUUGCUCCUAAAAUUGGUUUAACUAUGGUGAACUAUGCAAAAUUGGACAAUAUUGACAACUUUUAUCUAGAUUGCCAAAAUUUUAGAGAUUACUACCGUGAUCCCUACAAUAAGCUAUUAAGACCAGAAGCAUUUAAGCAGCACUACGGAAAAUGUGGACGAAAAGCAACAGACAAAAAUACUGUCUUGUUAAGCUUGCCCGUAACGUGGGUACGAGAAAAACAGCCAGUGGUAUACCCCGUAAUUUAUGAAAGGGACCUACGCUUAGAUAAAGGUAUCAACCAAAGGGGACAAUAUGACCAUACGUCAUGUAUAAAAUACAAGCGCUGAUAAUAAAAAGAAUUUAUUUACAUAUGAAACUACA